AUAAGACAGCUUCAAUUAUUUCAUUAGUUACGCACAUCGCGUGUCGGAGGGAGCAACUGAUACUCGCCAUGUUGAAUCGGCACGAAUUUCUGUUUCUCGUGCUGCUGAGCUUCACGCAGCUCUUCCUCGGUUAUGCGGCGCGAAUACCGCGAACCUUGCCAGAAGAACCGUCUAAGAACUGCGGCUACAAGGCCUGCCACGCCGUCGAUCCGAAUAAACUCAACAUUCACCUGGUCUCCCACACGCACGAUGACGUUGGCUGGUUGAAGACUGUAGAUCAGUAUUACUUUGGAAGUCGUUCUACGAUCCAAAAAGCCGGCGUGCAGUACAUUCUCGACAGUGUUAUUCAAUCACUGCUGGCUGAUCCCAACAGAAGAUUUAUUUUCGUGGAGACAGCUUUCUUGUGGAAAUGGUGGCUACGACAAAACAACGAGGUACGCGCCAAUGUCAAGAUGCUGAUAAACGAGGGACGAUUGGAAAUCAUUGGAGGCGCCUGGAGCAUGAACGACGAGGCCUGCACUCAUUAUCACUCGCUGAUCGAUCAAUUCACUUGGGGAUUCAGGCGGCUGAACGACACGUUCGGAGAAUGCGCCAGACCGCGCAUAGGAUGGCAAAUAGAUCCGUUCGGUCAUUCCCGCGAACAGGCUUCCCUGUUCGCGCAGAUGGGAUUCGACGGGAUGCUGUUCGGUCGCAUAGAUUAUCAGGACAAGAGCAAGAGACUUAGCGAACAAUCGAUGGAAUUCGUGUGGAAGAGCAGUCCGAGCUUAGGCAAGCGAGCGAAUCUGUUCACGGCCGCGAUGUACAACACAUACAGUCCACCGCCGGGAUUUUGCUUCGACGUUCUAUGCACCGACGAGCCGUUGAUCGAUGACCCUGAUAGCCCGGACUUCAAUAUCAACAAGAAAGUGGAGCUGUUCCUGGCAUACGUGAAAAAACAGGCGCUUGCUUACAAAACUAAUCACAUUAUCCUUACCAUGGGAGAAGAUUUUCACUAUCAACAGUCCGAAAUGGUGUUCGGUAACUUAGACAAGCUCAUCAGAUAUACAAAUCAGCGUAAUGGUUCCACAUACAAUGUGAUUUACUCGACGCCCUUGUGUUACUUGAAAGCGCUGAACGACCAAAAACUUCAAUGGCCCACGAAGAGCGAUGAUUUCUUCCCGUACGCGAGCGAUCCUCACGCUUUCUGGACCGGCUACUUCUCGUCAAGGCCAACCGUGAAGUUCUUUGAGCGGAUGGGAAACAACCUGUUGCAAACGAGCAAGCAACUUGUAGUUCUGACAGGCCUGAAACAUCACGAUCGUCACUUGGAACUCUUCCGUGAAGCGAUGGGAGUGAUGCAGCAUCACGACGCCGUUACCGGCACCGAGAAGCAAUUGGUGGCGGACGAUUAUUCGCGCAUAUUGUACAAGAGUGUGCAUCACGCUGGACAGAUAAUCGCGAAGAGCAUAGCUAAUUGGACAAAAACGGGGAACAGCUCGAGACCGAUGUCCAAAAUCUUCCCGUGUCUGAACCUGAACAUCAGCCUGUGCGCGUUUUCCGAAAAGAACGAAGCAUUCAUGAUCGUAGCGUACAACCCUCUGAGCAGGCCUGUUUCCACGCAUAUUCGCGUCCCGGUUCAAGGAAACUCGUACGCGCUUCGAUCAUUAAGUAACGGAGCGCAGUUACCAACGCAGAUAGUCCCGAUUCCCGAGAGCGUUCAAGCAAUUCCGGGAAGAGUGAGCAAGGCCGUGAACGAGGUUGUUUUCCGCACCGAGCCCAUUCCUCCUCUCGGUUUCUUGACCUACGUCGUCGCCAAAACAUCGCGAGACGAAGUAUCUCCGGAACCCGAACCGUCGGACUUUAUAAGCAACGAGUUCUACAACGUAUCCGUCGUCGACGAUGGCAAGUUGCUGGUGCGUUGGAAUAAGCAAAAGAACAUGAGCGCUGUGCAGUCUUUCGUUUACUACGAGGGAGCGGAGGGUAACAACAGGGUCUUCAAGAACAGAUCGUCCGGCGCGUACAUCUUCAGGCCUAAAGAAGCGUCGUCUAAAAACUUCGUGUACACAGGAUCGUAUAAGAUUUACAAAGGUCCCGUUGUGCAAGAAAUUCAUCAAACAAUAAACGAAUGGGUCAGUCAAAUAGUUCGAAUUUAUCCGGAAGAAGAACACAUCGAAUUUGACUGGCUCGUUGGACCGAUACCUGUCAAGGAUAAGAUCGGCAAAGAAAUCGUCACGAGAUACUCAAGCAACUUGAAAACGAACGGAGUGUUUUACACGGACAGCAACGGAAGAGAGAUGCUGAAGCGCGUCAGAAAUUAUCGACCUACGUGGGACCUGGAAUUGGAGGAACCGAUAUCUGGAAAUUACUAUCCGAUUACCAGUAAGAUCGCGAUAAAGGAUGAGGAGAAGCAACUGAAGCUGAACGUCCUGAAUGAUCGCGCACAGGGUGGAAGCAGCUUAGAGGACGGUGCUAUUGAGUUAAUGCUUCACCGAAGACUUCUGAAAGACGAUGCGUUUGGCGUAGGCGAAGCUUUGAAUGAAACUGCAUUCGGUGAAGGUCUGGUGGUGAGAGGCACGCACUAUCUCUUCGGAGGCAAAGUGAAAAAUGCCGAUGAAUUCGUGCUGAAGGAGAAAGAGCUGGCUCUCAAAUUGGCUUUGUAUCCCUGGAUUUUAGGUACCGUUUUUAAGCCAACAGAUUUAGAAAACGAAUUCACAAGCUCGUAUUCGGGACUUACCAAAUCAUUACCACCAAAUGUGCACAUUCUCACCUUGGAACCGUGGAAAGACGGUACAGUUCUACUAAGAUUGGAACACAUCUUCGAAGUCGGUGAGGCAGAACGUCUAUCUGCGCCAGUAGAAGUUAACAUUAAGGAUCUAUUCUCGACGUUCACAAUUGAGUCGAUCAAAGAGACCACGUUAGGCGCGAACCAACUGCUGAGAGAAAAUAAUCCAUUAGAGUGGGAAACAGAAACCAAUGAUAUUUUGCACGACAAGGAGAAGAACUUGCAACCCGUAGAAGUUCACGACGACGUUAUCAAUGUGCUUCUGAAGCCAAUGGAAAUACGCACGUUUAUUCUCACAGUGAGGAGAAAUCCUCUUUAAGUUUUAAAAUACAAUAUUUUUUUAAUUAUGUUUUAUUAUGUUAUUUAGUAAGAAACAAACUUCGUUAUUUUUUACAUUGUUACGUAGACCCGUAAAACAAUUCUAAGAAGAGAAAUUAUAUGAAAUAUAUGUAGAUCAAACUCUUUUCAAAAAAAGAAUGUAUGCAAAAGAAAUAUAUCUUCUUCUUCUUUGCAUUUAUGGCACCACGCCACCUGAACGGUUAAGGCAAAGGCCAGUCUUUGAUUGGGUGUGUGUAAACACCGUAAAUAAACACUAAAGUGGGCUAA